UUUUCCUCCAUCUGGCCUGUUUGGAAAGGGAAAAGCCUCUUCAGGGUUCUUGCUGUCAAUCGUUAAGGAAACAAUACCAAAGUUGCUUAAUGGAAACCUCUCCAGCAACAUGGUUAUCUGAUGAAAUGGGAAUGGAGGAAUAUUCAGCUUUUGGCCAUGAUCGAUACGAUACGAACCCUCUAGAUUACUCAAUUGAUGAGUUUAAUUUUCAGACUUUUCCUUCAAAGUGUUUUUCAAUGAAUGACCAAACUUUCAAUCAUCAAACCCCACAAAACUUUACCUGUGCAUCCUCUAUUUCCUCUCAAGUCAGCAUUGAUCAGAGGCCAGCAAAACAGCCAAAAACUUCUCAACAGGCUUCUCCUUCUUCCUCGUCUCACAUUAUAUCUUUUGAUAAUUCUAGCUCUCCUCCAGCAACUUCUCUGCAGUUCUUUGGAAGUACAAAUUACGAAGAUGGUGCAACAUAUUUUAGGAAAGCCGAUACCAAAAAGAUUGCUGCAACGAGCAAGUCUCCUUCACAUGCAAUAGAGGAACGAAAUCGCCGGGAAAAGCUCAGCCAGAGAUUCAUAGCACUUUCAGCUGUUGUUCCCGGCCUAAAGAAGAUGGACAAGGCAUCUGUUCUUGGAGACGCAAUUAAGUACCUGAAGUAUCUUCAAGAACGUGUGAAGACACUCGAGGAACAAGCUGCCAAGAAAACCAUGGAAUCAGUUGUUUUUGUCAAGAAGUCUCUGGUUUGUAUUGCUGAUGAUUCUUCAUCUUCAACCGAUGAAAACUCUGCAGGUGGCUGCCGCGACUACCCACUUCCUGAAAUCGAAAUAACAGUUUCAGAUGAGGAUGUCCUCAUCAGGAUCCUCUGUGAGAAUCAGAAAGGAUGCCUAAUGAAAAUACUGACCGAAAUGGAAAAGCUUCACCUGAAAGUGAUCAACAGCAUAGUCAUGCCCUUCGGAAACUACACCCUUGAUGUAACUAUUGUUGCUCAGAUGGACGUUGAUUUCUCCAUGACAUUGAAGGAUCUUGUGAAAAAUCUCCGACGGGCUCUCCUGUAGGGCUGAUCUUGAGCCAUGCUGGUAUAUUUUAUUCUUCAUUUCUCAAGAUCUCGAUCCUCGGAGAUAUAAUGGCCACCUUUAAGACCAAAAUCACACCAUGUGAUUGUUGCUGGGAUCGAGGAAUCCAUUUUUUGCCGUGGGUUUUAAUAUUUUUCUUUUCGUGGUUGACCACGUUUAAUUACCCACAUGCUAAAUAUGGAACCUGCCACAUACAUAUAUAGUCCUUUUUUUGAAGGGCUAUUCAAAAUCAAGUAUGCCUCUUUUCUCCCUCCCAUGUACAAGGGCAAAAAAUCUCAGGGCACUAAAGGUGGUGAUGUUGUGCUUUUUAAUUAAGAUAUUCUAGAGAUCAUGCCGACGUUUGUUGUUCUAUUUAGAUUUGAAUAAAUUAGUAGAUAAGAUAUUCUAGAGAAAUGGUGAUGUUUUUUAUUCCAUUAAAUUUUUAUAAAUUUUUAGAAAAAUAAAAUUGUUAAAUUUAAAUUAGAAAUGGAUGAUGUUUUUUAUUUAGUUCUUUUUUUCUUCAUUUUUUCUACCUAUUUUAUAAACUUUCAAUUAUUCUCCAUUUCAUUUUCCAAUCAAAAUUUUUAAUUUUUAUGUUUUUAAAAAUUUAAUCAUCAUUCUUUUUAUGAUUUCUUCAUUAAUUUUUUUAUAAAAUUAAUUUUUAUUCAAAAUUAUAAAUUCUCAUUUUUGUUUAACAUCAUCCUUAUUUUUUUAAUUGAUAUAUUUUUUUUUGAAUUUUUUUUUGUGAUAUUUUUAAAUUUUAUCAUUUAAUAUUAGAUUUAUUGAACUCUAAGCUUCGUUACUUUUUCAGGUUA